GAUUCUCAUUGAUUUUGAUAUUAUUCAUUUCAAUUAAUAUUUCCGUUAAAGGUCGUACAAGGCGGUGUUUGUUCGCUCAAAAAUGAUAGAAUAUUCCAAUUGAAUGUGAAAAAAAAUGAUAAAAAAUAAAUACGAGAUAUUCGUCGGUUUUUAUUCUGCUGGCAAACACAAUGUCAUUUAUUUCUGGUUAAAAUGAAAUCGCAUGCUACAAAUCAUAUGUUUAAUUCACAACUUUUUUUUCGGUCGUUCAAAUUUCAGCUGUUAUCUCAAGGCGUAAAAAACUCAAUUCGGUAUCGCGUUAUCUCAAUUUCUCGGCACAUGUUGUAUAACAUAUUGUAUAACAUAAAAUAUUUAAUGUCAUUAAUAAAUAAUUGGACAAGGACAGAACAAAACAGAUAAUCGUGUCAAGAUGAAGGGAAAAGGGAACUGUGUUUAGUAAACCGUUCAACAGCACAAAACUAUGGAAAAUUUUGUAUCUUUAGUGCAAUAGCCACACCUCCUUCGAGAAGUUUUCCGUAAUAGAUAAAUGCACUUUGUCGCACACAUACACACACACACAUACGCACUGAAUAUGAUCGGUUUGUUGUGUGCUUUAAAUCCGUCCCUUAAUAAAAGCAACAAAAGAAAGUGAAAACGCACACAAAACGUACGAAAUUAUCUCUACUGCGGAUAGACAUGUAUGCAAAUAAAACGAAGAUGAGUUCAUCGAGGAUCUGAAAUUGUUGUUAAGUCGCACAAUCGAUUGGCAUUCAGUUCAGUCAACGUUCGAACACCGAACUGAUCGAUCGAUCGAAUUCAAUCAGAAGUUUGAAAAACUUCUAUUUUUAACGAAUAUUUGGCCUGAAUUUUUAAACGAAGAUCUUCAAUUUUCACUCCAAGUGAAGUUUCUUUGAAUUGGUGGAAUCUCAAAUAGCGAAAAGUUUCAAGAAUUCUAUCAAAAAUCAUUUGAAUUCAUAGUUUUCUUUCAAUCUUCACUUCAAAACUACCAAAAUGUUUAAAAUCUAUUUCACAAAGCUAAACAAAAUGAAUCCGGAGCGACGGCCAUUGCUUAUGGAUGCCGAAGUGCAGGGAAAAAGCGCGAGACCGAGACCGGAUUUGCGAAGUUCACCCGAUUCAGUAUUGGUGGAUGUUAAGAGCGGAGAUGAAGGUUCAGAGGGUUCAUCGUAUGGAUCAAACGAUUCGUUGCAACAUUAUGACCCGUCAAUGCAUCGGAAGUUGGAUCAUCCGACAUCGAAUGUUGACACAAUGAUUCAUUUGCUCAAAGGAAAUAUUGGCACUGGCAUAUUGGCGAUGCCUGACGCUUUCAAAAAUGCCGGCUUAUACGUGGGUUUGUUUGGGACGAUGCUGUUGGGCAUCAUAUGCACACAUUGCAUGCACAUGUUAGUCGGCUGCUCGCAUGAGCUGUGCCGCAGGCUGCAAGUACCUUCAAUGAAUUUCGCCGAAGUGUGUUAUAAUGCAUUCGAAACCGGACCACAAGGAUUGCGGAGAUUUUCCAAUUUAGCAAGACAAACCAUUAAUCUGUUUCUGUGCAUAACACAACUCGGUUUCUGUUGCGUAUACUUUGUGUUUGUGGCGGUUAAUCUGCAAGAGGUCGUCGCACAUUACUUUAUUAAACUUGAUAUUCGGCUGUAUUUGCUGUUACUGUUAAUCCCAAUGAUUAUGUUAAACUUUUUGAAGAACCUCAAGUAUUUGACGCCGGUUUCACUUUUUGCAUCCAUUUUAACUGUAACUGGUAUUUCGAUUACAUUCCAUUACAUGUUGCAAGAUCUUCCAAAAACGGACUCAGUCAAUGGGUUUUCGUCGUGGGAACAAUUACCGCUGUACUUUGGCACUGCUAUUUAUGCAUUUGAAGGGAUUGGUGUUGUGCUUCCAUUAGAAAACAAUAUGAAAACGCCACAAGAUUUUGGCGGUUUAACUGGUGUUUUGAAUACGGGCAUGGUAAUCGUAGCAUCAUUGUACACUGCUGUUGGAUUUUUCGGCUAUUUAAAGUAUGGAGACAAAGUUGCCGCCACUAUUACAUUGAAUUUAGAUUCGAAUGCUGUUUUGGCUCAAUCGGUGCGAUUGAUGAUGGCGCUAGCGAUAUUCUUGUCGUACGGUCUGCAGUUCUAUGUUCCGAUGAACAUAAUGGGUCCAUGGGUUCGAAAUUUAUUCACGGGUGAAUAUGCACAGAAUCUCAGUGACUCUGGUCUACGUAUCGGCUUGAUUAUUAUCACAUUUAUCCUGGCAGCUUUGGUUCCAAAUCUUGGUCCAAUCAUUUCAUUAGUUGGCGCGUUGAGCUCAUCAACGCUUGCGUUGAUUUUCCCACCGUUAAUCGAAAUUGUAACAUUCGGUCCAGAACGAAUGGGUCGAUACUAUUGGAGGCUAUGGAAAGAUUUGGCCAUUAUGAUAUUUGGCAUUCUCGGUUUCUUCUUUGGAUCGUAUGCAAGCAUAAUGGCUUUGCUGAAUCCAACACCACAAGCAACAACGUAAAAUAUGACAAUGAGAUACACAGAUACCUCUGUUGAUUACAAUGGAAUUUUUUUUUUGGACAACGAAUGCAGUGGAUAGUUUUCAGCUCAAAAAGGUCAAGAGAAGAGUCUAUCCCAGUAUUUUAUUGAUGGCAAUAAAAGUUGCAAAAUGACACUUGAACCAUGACAUUUGCACGGAAAUUUCCGUUCCGAGCGGAGCGAAGAAAUGGUGUGCAAAAGAGAUAACGAAAGAAUGGUUAUUACAGUAGUUUUCCAUUGAUAGCAUUCUGUGCUCGUUAAAAAAAAUACCUUCCAUUUGAUCUCUCACAGAGUUGAUGUAUUUUCGGUGCUUGAAACCAUUCUUAUAUAUGUGAAAUACUUUCAUUCCCCUUCAUACGACCAAGUUUUUAGUUUAAGUGACAUAAUCAUUCAGAAAGAAAACAAUUUGGCUUUGGUAAAACAAUGGAUCAUUUCUGAAGAGUUUUAUGCCGUACAUAAACUCAUUUUAAAUGCUUAUAAUAUUACCAGAAUGAUGUUUAAAACAUUUUUACAAAAGAGAAUAGCAGACAACAUCCUUUUUUCAAGUACUCUCUGCAUGGAGAGCCAUAUAAAGAGGCGUAUUUUACAUUACACUCUAUCCUAUGUUACCUUUGUUAAUAGUUUAAAUUCAAUUCCGCCGAUUUCGAUUUGUUCAAGCAAAAUUCAUUUCAAUUGUGAUAGAACUUGGUUUUUAUCCUAACAUUUAAAUUGAUAGCUCGAUUUUAUUUUCGAUUUAAUUUAAAAAUCAUUAGUUGAUAUUUUUAUUGUAUAAUGAAUUUUCAUCUAAUUUCAUGUAAAUAAUUUUACACAUUUUCAACGAGUAUUUUUUUCUUCUUCAAUUGCACAUUUUUUUGUGAUUAAGUGAACGUGUGAAAUAGUUUUAGUUUUCUUAACGAAUUUUUUUCCCUCGUUUUCACCGCCCUUAAUUAUAAUUUAAGAAGAAAUGUUAAAUCAAAUUUACCGAAUAAUUGUUCAGUUAAAGUUGAAUUUAUCAGCAAAUGUUUCUUUUUUUUAGAAAAAUAUUUGUUCAAUUAUAUUAACAUUUUGCCAUUGUGUUUCGUUGCAAUAAACACUGCGAGUAAUCAUGUUUCAACGAUUUUUUAGUUGACAAAAAAUCUGAACAUAGACAAUAUAAAAUUUUAUUUAAAAAAAAUGACAAUAAAAUCAAAAUGAACGUGUAAAUAACGUGUAAAACUUUGACAAUAAUUCUUUUCCAUCGGAUUUAGUUGAACCAAAAAUGUGUGAAUGUUUGUGAUUUGGCCAAAAAAUAAAUGGUGUCUAAAGAUUUACUCGAACUGGCAAAACAUUGUUCCGAAGAAGUUUGAAAUCAACAAAAAUUAAAUGACUAACGAAAAUGAGAAUUUCCCAUUGGACAUUUGUCCAUGGGUCGUUACCCUAAAAAAAACUGAUAAUUUAUAUAUUGAACGGUGGUCGAUUGGCUACCAUGCGAUGUCCUUUUCGGAUAAAAUUAUGUUUAAUGUUCUAUGUGUUAUGAGCCUAAAAAAAGACAAAAUAAAAACAAUGAAUAAACUCAAAAGCAUUGCAAAAA